UAUUACUCACUCUGUCUCACUUCUCUCCUUCGGUUGACUUUUCUCUCUCUCUCUGCACACUGAAUUUUCUUCCUCUCUCUUCCUAUCAACCAAUAUCAACUCCUUCAUAGACGACCCAAGCCAACGGCAGAGAAAGAGCUCCGAUCCGUGAGAUUCUGUCUCAAAGAGUAAUUUACUCUGAUCUGUAAGUCUUAGUAUCAAUAUCCUUCAUGCACCUGAUUGCAAGCAGACGAUGUAUAAAUGCACCAGUGCUUCUCUGUCUGUCACUAACAAACAGUCAAACACUUCAUCCAGAUCCAGUGCUCUGCUUUCUUCUUCCCUAAUUUACUUUCCUUUCGUGUGUUAAUUCUUUAAAACUAUAGUUGAAUAAUUUUUUUAGUACAUAUCUUUAGUAUAUUUCCCGAAAGCAAUUCUAUGGGCACAGAAAACGCCUCCUCCUCCUCCUCAUGUUUUCCUUCUUCUUUUGUGCCUGGAUGGAGGUACGAAUACCACGUCUUUAUCAGUUUUAGAGGCUCUGACACUCGCAAAAAAUUUACAAGCCAUCUAUACGGAGCGUUGAAACGGAAUGGCAUAACCACAUUUAGGGACGAUGAAAGUCUUGAGAGAGGAGAAUUCAUCUCUCCAGAGCUCUUGAGAGCAAUUGAAGAAUCAAGAUUUGCUGUCAUCAUUUUCUCUAAAAACUACGCUUCGUCUAGUUGGUGCUUGACCGAACUAGCAAAGAUUGUCGAGUGCAUGGACAAGAAGAAGUUGAUAAUUCUGCCUGUUUUCUACGAUGUGGAUCCUAGUGAUGUGCGCAAACUGAAGGGGACUUUUGCAGAAGCUUUUGCGAAACAUCUCAAUGAUAACAAUGAGAAUGUGCAAACUUGGAAAGCUGUUGUGACAAAAGUUGCUGGUAUCUCAGGAUGGGAUUUACAGGAUGAGAGUGAAUCAACAGUUAUCGAAAAAAUCAUUCAAAGGAUAUCUCUUGAACUGGAUCAUAAAUUCUCGAGUGUUUUCGAGCACCUGGUAGGAAUGGAUUCCCGUGUUAAGGAAAUGUUGAAUUUAUGCAUGCAGGAAGGGUUGGAUUGUGUCCGCUUCAUUGGGAUUUGUGGGAUGGGUGGAAUUGGGAAAACAACUCUUGCCCGAGAAAUUUAUAAGAGAAUUUAUAGUGCCUUUGUAGCUUGUAGCUUUCUUGAUAAUGUUAGAGAAGAUACCAAAAGUAAAGGUUUAGUUUCUUUACAAAAAACACUUCUUUCUAAGAUCUUCAUAGGAACUGAAAUAAAUAUAAAUGAUUUUAAUGAAGGAAUUAAUGUUAUAGGCACUAGACUACGCAAUAAAAAGGUUAUUAUUAUUCUUGAUGAUGUGGACAAAAAACAACAACUAGAAGCAUUAGCAGGGAAUGAAGGUUGGUUUGGUCCAGGGAGUAUAAUCAUUGUAACAAGUAGAGAUAGGCAUUUGUUGAGAAGGCAUGGAGUGAAACAUAUAUAUGAAGCUAAGGAGUUGAAUGAAGAUGAAGCUUUGGAGCUUUUUAGUUGGAAGGCUUUCAAGAAACCUCAUCUUGAAGAAAAUUAUGUGGAUUUGUCUAUGGAUUUUGUGAAAUAUGCUAACGGCCUUCCUUUAGCUCUUGAAAUUUUAGGUUCUUCAUUGUUUGGUAGAAAACUUGAUGCAUGGAGAAGUGCUCGAGAUAAACUAGAAGCAAAACCUAAUAGAGGCAUUAUGGAAAUACUUCAAAUAAGUUUAGUUGGGCUCGAGGAUACACAGAGAGAAUUGUUUUUAGAUAUUGCAUGUUUCUCUAAAGGAGGGUACACAUAUUUCGUAAGAGAUACUUUAGAAAGUUUAGGUCAUUAUCCUGACUACGAUAUUGAUGUUCUUAUCGAUAAAUCUCUCAUAGCCAUUGUAUCAAAUGGAAUUUUAUGGAUGCAUGAUUUGCUACAAGAAAUGGGUCAAGACAUUGUUCGUUGUGAAUCCUCAAAAGAGCCUGGUAGACGUAGCAGGUUAUGGUGUUAUAAGGAUGUCUUGCAUGUAUUGAAAAGUAAUACUGGAACAGAGUUUGUUGAAGGUAUAGUCCUAAAGAUGCUUGUGGAUAAAAAUGAACACUUGAGUGCUGAAGCCUUCUCAAAGAUGAACAAUUUGAGAUUGCUUAAAAUUGGUUAUGUGGAACCUCCAGAAGGCUUUAAUAGAGGUCAUGUCCAACUUCCACAAGGUCUAAGUUAUCUUUCUAAUGAGUUACGCAUAAUAGAUUGGUAUGGAUAUCCUUUAAAAUCCAUGCCAACCAAUUUCCAACCAAAUAAACUUGUUGAAUUGAGAAUGCAUUGCAGUGGCAUCAAACAAUUAUGGAAAGGAAUUAUGAUUUUAGACAAGUUAAAACUCAUUGACUUGAGUGACUCUCAAAACUUAAUUGAGAUCCCGGACCUUAGUGGAGCCUCAAAUCUUGAAAAAUUAAUUCUUCAACGUUGUACAAGACUAUAUAAGAUUCAUGCAUCUGUUGGAGAUCUCAAAAAGCUUAUACGAUUGGAUCUGAAUGGUUGCAAAAACCUUUCAAGUCUUCCUAUUGCAAUUUGUAGUUUGAUGUCUCUAAAAACUCUCAAUUUAUCUGGCUGCUCAAGACUUGUGAAAUUGCCAGAGAACCUUGGAAAUGUUGAAGGCUUAGAGGAGCUAGAUGUGAGUGGAACUGCUAUAAGAGAGCUAUCUUCAUCCACCUUUCUCUUAAAAAAUCUCAAAAAACUAUCUGUCGGUGGAUGUGAUUUUCUAUUAUCUAAACCAUCCAAUAAGCCUCUCAAUUUUCCUUUAUUGCAAAGGAGUCCAGAUUCUAUGGGCAUGUUAAUGCAUACUUUAUCAAGCUUAUCCUCUUUGAUAGAUCUUAAUCUAAGUUAUUGCAAUCUUCGCACAGUCCCUGAUGCUAUUGGCUGCUGUUUGCCCUCUUUAAAUUAUUUAAAUCUAAGGGGAAAUAAUUUCAUUCGCCUUCCUGAAAAUAUCAUUCGAUUAUCAAAUCUAUACACUCUUUUUUUGAGUGAUUGCAAGGAUCUACGAUUACUACCAGAGCUUCCAUUAAAUAUUAAGUAUUUUGAGGCAGAAGGUUGUACUUCGCUGGAAGCGUUACCCUUAAGACCGGAAGAUGUUUUUAGUCCCCAUCUCUAUCUUAUUAACUGCGUCAAAUUGAUCGACAAUCAAGGUUUCGGUGACAUGUUCUCAACAAUGCUUGCACGUUACAUUCAGAGACCUGAUGAUUUAGGUUACCAAAAUUUUAUUAUACCUGGAAGUGAAAUUCCGAAAUGGUUUAGCCAUCAAAGUGAGGGGACUUCAUUGAAUCUACAUGGGCCUUCAGGUUUUGUGGGAAUCGCUACGUGUGUUGUUUUUGUAAUCCGCCCCCAUCUUUCACUUCACCAACCUCCUUCGGAAUUUUAUAAAGCUACGCAUUGGGUUAAAAUUUUAUUUCUUGUCAAUGGAUCUAAAAUUUUAGAAACCUUAAAGGUUGGUCUUGCUGAACAAUUUGGUAAGAUUGAUUCAUAUCACCUUUGGAUAAAAUAUUUUCCUUCCAAAAGGAAAAGGGACAAGGAAUUGAGUCAAAUUGGUGUUGAACUAAAAAUAAGCCUCGAGGGUCCAGGCUUGGUGGUGACAAAAUGCGGAGCCCGUUUUGUAUAUGAGCAAGACAUGGAAGAUCUCAAACAAAACAUGCCUAGGUCAAGCAGCUGCAUUAUCACUCCUUAUGAGGAUAAUUUAGAGGAUUCAGCAAAUGAUACCAAAAUUAAGCAAAGCUUUGAUGACUUUGAUGGAGAUAGGGCAGGAUCUAGUGGAGAAGGUACCUCUAAUGAAGUAGACGACCCACGGCCAAAGUGGAUACAACACCCUAAUCUAAUUGAAAAUUGGAUUGGGAAUUUAUGCACACAAGGACAAGGUGACUCUAAUUAUGAGGAAGAGGAAUCCCCGUGACAAUGGAGGCAUUGAUGACCAUGCAAAGUUGAUAAACCUUCUACCUUUGAUCUUUUUUGCCUUAUACGGGGUACGAGAAAGUUUUUGGAUUUCGUUGGAAAGGAGAAACUGUGUCACAUUGCUUGCUGACGGGAAAGCAUGUACAGCUGAUUGCAUGGUAGUCAUUUUGUUCAAUUGUGUUGGAGGGAACCUUCUCACUGUAGCAUGAUGGAUAUCUAUUUAUCCAUAUUGUCCAGAGGAUAGCACUGCUUUCCUGUACAAGUAACAUUCCAUGAACAUGAUCAGCUUUAUAAUCCUCUGAGAUCAUCUUCAGCCAUUGAUUUACAGAUGGAAUUGAGUCCUCUCUGAUAUUCAAGGGCAAAGCAAAGCACAAUGCACUUGCAAAUGGACAUUUGGUAAAUAAGUGGCCCAAUGUUUCUUCUCCUUCUUCACACAUUACACAUCCUGAAUUGACGGUAAUUUUUCUUUUAACAAGUUCGGUCCUAAUGGCGGAGCCCCAUUGUGUAAAAGUCACCAUCUUUCUCACUCUAAAGAAUCUUGUUUGUUCGUAGCUGUAUAUUUAUAUUUUCUUUUUAAAUUCAUUGGCAUUUGCUUGCAUUUUUCUCUUUUUAGUCAGUGACAAGGGCCAUUUUAUUGGACUUUGUUGGUGAGGACAAAUUGUCGCACUGAUAGCAGACAAGAAGAUAGGUGCAACUGGUCGUGUGCUCAUCAUUUUAGUUCAAUUAUGCGAUGUGCCGUCACAUUGAGGUUGCAGUUGUAAGCUACUUCCCACUUUUGAAUGUGCUGAUCAAGAGCUAGAAGGGUUUGGGCAAACAAUCAUUAAGUGCUCUCCUGAGCUUUCUCACAAUAUGGAUUUCAUCCAUCAAUCCGUAGCAAGUGAUACUUCGAAUGAUAAGCAAAAGAGUGAAGUUGGUUGCUCCUAUGAGGACCCAUAUCCUGGAAGGUUGAGAAGACUUCUUUAUCCGGAGCAGAUCAUUAGAAAUAACAUCUAUUUUGAGGACUAACACCCUGAUAAUCAACUCCACCAAAAUGAUUUAAUGAGGGGGGUUUGAAGACAUAGCAGUUAUUGGUGUUACUAGCAAGACUGUCAUUGGAUUGAUUGGACGCAAGAAAGGUUUUGUCAUUGAUUUAAGAACUUCUAUACCUGUCGUUUGUAUACUUUUAAUUUGUUAGAAUGGACUUAGAUAA